GUUUAUGGAUGACGGGUGGAACUGUACUCAGGAUCACUAAGUAUGACCUCUUUGUUCCAACCACAUGAACGAGGGAUUGACUUUAGAAGUCAAUAAACGUUUAAGAAGUCAGUCCCUCAUUCUGAAGAGGUUUAUUGACUCCUAAUAACACUCAUUGUUCAGUAGUGUUCCCAGUCGGUCCUUGGAGUAACCAUUUUUGGAUGUGAACAUUAAUCAGACAUUGGGGAACUGGACCUUGGUGUUCUAACCACAUGAAUGCUCAGAUGUACUUCAUGUUGGAUAAUCUAUAAAAUGACUCAACUCAGCAUUGGAUACUUGUUUUCAUCACCAUGAUUCGUUCAAACUUCAUGCUCCUCACUUUUGGACUGCUCAUUUUCUGCUUUCGGGAUGCCUCUUCUGUAGGUAUAUAUCCCGCAAAAUGUACAUAUGAACCUACAAUAGGAAUUUGUUUCUCUCCUACUCUUCGCUAUUUUUUCUACCCACCAGAAGCGGCAUGUAUGAUGUUCACUUAUAGUGGAUGUGCAGGGAAUGACAAUAACUUCUUAACUUUGGAAGAAUGCAUAAGAGAAUGCAAAAGAUUUGCUGACCCUCAAGAGAUAUGUUUGCAGGAUCCAGAAGCAGGACGGUGCAGUGGUACCUUUCCUCGUUUUUAUUAUAACACAGCAAUUAAGAACUGUGAGGAAUUCGUUUAUAGUGGAUGUGGAGGAAAUGAAAACAACUUUCUAAAUUGGUAUCAGUGCAGAGCUGCAUGUCAAAAUUCAAUUAUUCUUCCUCCGAAAUGUCUGCUUGAUCCAGUAAUAGGAUGGUGCUGGUCUCCUUCUGUUCGCUAUGUUUUCAACGCGGUUGAUGGGAAGUGUAUGGUGUUUCUUUAUAGUGGAUGUCUAGGGAAUGAAAACAACUUCUCAACUGAGACGGAAUGCCUAAGAGAAUGCAAACCUACUCCUGGGUAACACUGACUACAAUGCUUGAUUGGAUUAAUAGAAUCCUUUGAGAGGGGCUGGAUUCAGCAGCUGAGGAAGGAACCGAAACUUCCAUGGACUCUCCCACUGAAACACUUUGCAUGCAUUGAAUUCUAAGCAUUCUCUUAAAUAAACAUACAAAUGCUUUGAACCACAA